AUGUUCGAAAAGCUAUUCGGUGUUACGAAGAACACCUUCCUGGAGAAGAAUGUCGUUCGCGCUGGCGAGAACGACAAAUACUACGAAGACAAGUGCACGUUCUGUUGGGGUCCAUACGACGAAGAUCAUCGCGCUGUGCGCGUGCAGCCUUGCGAUCACGUAUUCGGAGACGUCUGCCUCGAAGACAUGAUCGACGCCCCGAAUGGAGACAAAUGUCCCAUCUGCCGAGCAGUAUGGUUUCAGCCUCCUACUCAAGUUUUCCUCUGGCGUAUCCUUCUGGACAACUUUGACGUUCCAGAGCCUUGGCGGUGA